AUGAUCCUUCUUAUUUUUCUCUCAACUUUAUUUCCACUCCUCUUAUUAUACCUUCUCCACGCAAACAGGGGUCCGACAACAAAACUCGUUCCACCGGGCCCGCCGGGCCUCCCUCUAAUCGGCAACAUGCACCAAUUAGCCGCUGCAAAAAACCCGCACGUCUACCUAUGGCGCCUCUCCAAGAAAUACGGGCCCAUCAUGCGCUUGAAUGUUGGCCCGAAGCCCUUAAUCGUAAUUUCCUCCGCGAAACUUGCAGAGCAAGUCAUGAAGACCCAAGACCAAGCCUUCUGCGGCCGGCCGAAUUCCCUCGGCUGGCAGAGGCUCUCUUACAACUGCUCGGACAUUGCCUUUUCCUCGUACAACAACUAUUGGCGUGAGGUCAGGAAAAUCACGACCGUCCAUCUCUUUAGCUCAAAAAAGACGCAGUCUUUCCGGCACGUGCGGGAGGACGAGAUCUCGCGCUUGAUUUCUGAGAUCUCGGGAUUUGCAGCCAAUAAUCGGGUUCUCAACAUGAGUGAGACAGCUGUUGCGGUUGGGACCACCUUGACGUGUAGGAUCGCUUUCGGAAAAUGGUACAGUGGGCUUGGGCCUGAGAUGAGGAGGUUUGAUGGGCUUUUGAAACGGGCCCAGGCCCUGAUGGCCGGUUUUUUCGUGUCGGAUUAUUAUCCAAGAUUUGGGUGGGUGGACAGGUUGUGUGGGUCAAUCGGACGGCUCGAAAGGACCUUUGAGGAUUUGGAUUCGUUCUAUCAGGAGCUUAUUGACGAGCAUUUGGAUCCGAACAAGCCCGACACCAUGGCGGGUGAUAUUCUUGAUACAUUGAUCCAGCUUAAGCAAAACGGGUCAACUUCUGUUGACCUCAGCUGGGAUAACAUCAAGGCACUAUUAAUGAACAUAUUUAUAGCGGCAACAGAUACAAGUUCUGCAUCAAUCAUUUGGACGAUGACGGCUCUAAUGAAGGCACCCCAAGUCAUGCGAAGAGUACAAACAGAAAUUCGAAAUUCAAUCGAAAAAAAAGACAUCGUGGAUGAAGAUGAUUUGCCUAAACUUUCUUAUCUAAAAGCAGUCAUAAACGAGGCUUUUAGAUUGUAUCCUCCAGUCCCAUUGCUGGUCCCAAGAGAAACGCUAGAAAAAUGUACACUAGAAGGCUACGAAAUUCAACCUAAAUCCAUCGUUUAUGUUAAUGCGUGGGCAGUUGCUAGAGAUCCCGAGUGUUGGGAAAACCCAAACGAGUUCUUACCUGAGAGAUUCCUAAACAGCAACAUCGACAUAAAAGGACAAGAUUUUGGGGUAGUCCCGUUUGGAUCUGGCCGCAGGAGUUGUCCCGCGAUUUUUAUGGGACUUGCAAACGUCGAGCUUACACUUGCAAAUAUGCUUCAUUCUUUUGAUUGGGAAUUGCCUCAAGGGAUUCAAGCCAAAGAUAUUGAUACAGAUUCUUUACCGGGUCUCACGCCCACAAAUAACCCCGUCCCACCCGGCCCGCCUGGCCUCCCUCUAAUCGGCAACAUGCACCAAUUAGCCGCCGCAAGAACCCCGCACAUCUACCUAUGGCGCCUCUCCAAAAUAUACGGGCCCAUCCUGCGCAUGAAUCUGGGCCCAAAACCCCUCAUCGUAGUUUCCUCCGCAAAGCUCGCGGAGAAAGUCAUGAAGGCCCAAGACCAAGCCUUCUGCAGCCGGCCCAACUCCCUCGGCCGACAAAGGCUCUCUUACAACUGCUCGGACAUCGCCUUUUCCCCUUACAACAACUAUUGGCGCGAGGUCCGGAAAAUCACGACCGUCCAUCUCUUUAACAUCAACAAAGCGCUCUCUUUCCGGCCCGUAAGGGAAGACGAGAUUUCACGCGCGGUUAUUGAAAUAUCGGGCUUUGCGGCCCGUAAUGAGGUUCUCAACAUGAGUGAGAUGGUUAUGGCGCUCGGGGCUACUUUGACGUGUAGGAUCGCUUUCGGGAAAAGAUAUGGUGGAGAUGGGAAUGAUAUGAGGAGGUUCGAUGAACUUAUGAAAAGGAUUCAGGGAUUGUUGGCCGGUUUUUUCGUGUCCGAUUAUUUUCCGAGAUUCGGGUGGGUUGACUGGUUGUGUGGGUCAGUCGGGCGGCUUGAAAAGACCUUUGAGGACAUGGAUUCGUUCUACCAGGAGCUUAUUGACGAGCAUUUGGACCCGAACAAGCCCGAAACAAUGGCGGGUGAUAUUCUUGAUACAUUGAUCAAGCUUAAGCAAAACAAGUCAACUUCUGUUGAUCUUAGCUGGGAUAACAUCAAGGCGCUGUUAAUGGAAACUCAUCUUCUCCAAUACCUCAUCAAAAGCCUUGCGUGCUUUGGCAUCCUGCUCAAAUCCUAUAUGACUAGCGAGGACAUAUUUGUAGCAGCAACUUCUACAAGUUCGGCAUCAAUCAUUUGGACGAUGACGGCUCUAAUAAAGGAACCCCAACUGAUGCGCAGAGUGCAAACAGAGAUCCGAAACUCGAUCGGCAAAAAAGCAAUGGUGGAUGAAGACGAUCUGCCUAAACUUUUUUAUCUAAAAGCAGUCAUAAAUGAGUCUUUCAGAUUGUAUCCUCCGGCCCCACUGCUCCUCCCAAGAGAAACAAUAGAAAAAUGCACCCUAGAAGGCUACGAAAUUCAACCUAAAUCCAUCGUUUAUGUUAAUGCGUGGGCAGUUGCUAGAGAUCCCGAGCGUUGGGAAAAUCCAGACGGGUUCUUGCCUGAGAGAUUCUUAAACAGCAAUAUCGACAUAAAAGGACAGGAUUUUGGAGUAGUCCCGUUUGGAUCUGGCCGAAGGAGUUGUCCUGGGAUUUUUAUGGGACUUGCAAACGUGGAGCUUACACUUGCAAAUAUGCUUCAUUCUUUUGAUUGGGAAUUGCCUCAAGGGAUUCAACCCGAAGAUGUCGAUACCGAACCUUUGUUGGGUCUCGCGGUGCAUAAGAAAAAUCCACUUCUACUUGUGCCUAAGAGAUACAUUGUUAAUUAGUUUUAGUUUGUUCUAAUUGCUUUAUUGAUUAGUUAUACAUGUAUGAAGUUUUAUUUACUUCAAGAUGUUGGUGUUUGUGUAAGUACUGCUGGUUUAUUCUUAUUUACUUGCAUGCCUCUUUAUGUUA